AUGGCUUCGCUUAGAGUUCUAGCGUUCGAUCAUGAGGGCAGACCGGUUACAUUUGACACGUGGCACGAUGAUCUGCAACUGUACCUUCUGAGCGAUAUUAAGGACAGUGUCUCACUGUUUGACCAUGUGUCCGGUGUCGCUCCAGCCCCUCCCGCCACAGCUGACGGUGGGACUCGUUCCCAGUGGCUGUCUCGUGACGCUACUGCUCGCUUAGCCAUUCGCAACCACCUGCCGGUGGCUGAAUGUACUCACUUUGGACAGCACAGGACAACACAGGCCCUGGACCACUUUCUCUCCCUUGACCCCACCUCCCUCACUGUUGACCUCCUCGAGCAGCAUCUCCUCGCAGCUGAGACUAGUGCAGUUGCUGUAGGUGCUGCUCGUGGCACUCCGCGCCCGCCCUUCUUUGAGGGGUGCUCCCCCUCCCCCCUUUCCCCCUCCUUCGCCUCUGCUGCUGCUGCAGACGUCUCUGUUACUGAGGACGUUGGUGCUGCUUCGACUAGUGCGAAGCGCCGCAGCAGCAAGGGAAAGGGUGGCCGGGGUGGUGGAGGUGGCAGCGGUGGUGAUGGAGGUGGCAGUGGGAGCGGUGGUGGGGGCAGCGGUGGAGUUGGUGGGGGCAGCGGUGGAGUUGGUGGGGGCAGCGGUGGAGUUGGUGGAGGCAGUGGAGGUGGUGGCGGCGGUGGGACUGGUGGCGGCAGUGGGGGCUCUGGUGGCGGCGGUGGAAGCAGCGGAGGGAGUGGCGGCACUGGAGGCGGUGGGACUGGUGGUGGCAGGUCUGGACCUCGGCGUGGAGGCCCUGGUGGUGGUCAGCGACAGCAGCAGCAGCGUCGGAGCGAGACCCAGUCGCCCCAGCAGCUCCGUGAGUGGUUGGUUCAGCGUGAGACGGGUGGGUGCAGUGAGACCUGCCCGUAUGUCAUUCGUACGGGUGUCCGUGCGGGCCAGACAUGCGCGAAGUUUCACACUGAGCACCGCUGCUUCUCCCGCCUUGACGAUGCCUGGCGUGCUGAGUUUGGUGACGACGUCGAGCGCCCUCACUGGACGGAUUUGCUUAGGUCGGGAGUUGCUAUCUUUGACCUAGACUAUGAUGCUAUUCUCUCUGCCAUGUAUGCUUUGUCUUUUAGUGCUGAGGGUGACUAUUACCGGUGUGUGCCACCUGACCCAGGUAUAGCGGCUGCUGCUCUAGGUGCUAGUGCGUCUGGUACUCCCCCUGGUACUGCGCCUGCUGAGGCCUUGCACACCUUCACGUUGGACUCCGGCGCCUCGCGCUGUUUCUUUCGUGACAGCACCACUCUCACUCCUCUCCCUACACCUGUCCCGGUCAGACUGGCUGACCCCUCUGGGGGCCCGGUCGUUGCCCGUUCCUCCACUGUCCUCCCGUGUCCGGCGGUUCCGUCCGGCUCACUGUAG